AUGCCCCUCAAACUCCUCUGUCUCCAUGGCUGGGGCACCAACGUCAAGAUCCUCAAAUCCCAGAUGAACGGUCUGAUGGCGGAGCUGCGUCGCGACAACACGGCAACAUUCCAUUUCCUCGAAGGCGACGUCGACUCCGACCCAGGGCCGGGCAUUGCCGGCUUCUACGACGGCCCCUACUACAGCUACUACCACUUCCCCCGGCCUUUUUCCGUCCCAGACCUCGAUGACUCCCUGUCCGACGCCUACGACCGUCUCUACGACACCAUCGACGAGGAGGGCCCGUUCGAUGGCGUCUUGGGAUUCUCGCACGGGGGCACCCUCGCCGCAGGCUUCCUCAUCCACCAUGCCAAGUUGUACCCGCAGGCGCCGCCCCUCUUUCGCUGUGCCAUCUUUAUCAACUCCCUGCCCCCCUUCCGCAUGGACCCCGGCCAGGACCCGGUGGUCGAUGACGGUCUGGACGGAUACAUCGCCAUCCCGACCGUCAGUAUCGGCGGCGCGCAGGAUCCCCUGUUCGAGUACUCCCAUGCGCUGUACCGCCUGUGUGAUCCGGCCGCCUCGACCUGGGUGGUGCACUCCAAAGGACAUGGGAUCCCCGGGGACAGCAAGAACGUGGCCAUCAUGGCGGCGGCUAUUAGAAAGCUAGUGUUUCAGACUUUGACAUGGUGA